AUGGAAGACUCCAUAAACAACGGGACAGCCAAGGGAGGUACCGAGUACAUGAGCGCAACAGGAUGCUUCUGGGUACCAAGCUCCUGGCAGGGCAAGUGCAGCCCAGCUGCGAGCACAAGUCCCUGGUACCUCGCGCGCCCGCUGUACGCUGGUGGUAGAGUCUCCCUCCCCUCCGUACCCAGGUACAAGUACCGGCCCGCAGGCAUCCUCCCAGCAGCACCGCGCCUGUACUCUGUAGAGAACGCUCAAAGCCCUGUACCAGUACUUCGGAGGGCCGCACUGAAGCAGGUACCUGUCGGUCGCUCUGACCCCGUCCCUCUGCUGCUCUGCCAGGAACGUCCUGCGCACCUUCACGCCGGAAGCCUCGACCCAUUCCACUCGUGCGCUUCCGCCCACUCUCUAAAUCCAAUCUCGCUCCGGCAUCUGCACCACCCAAAGGGCCAACGAGACUCGCAGAAACUCGCUGGCUUUUGA